AUGGCAUAUCAAUAUCCUAAUAAUACAUAUAACAACGGUGCUUACGAUUAUUCUCAACAGCAAAAAUAUCCAGGAGCAGAGCAACAAGUUACUCCUCCGAUAAUUAUGCCUCAAGAGAAUCAACAAGGAUCAUAUACAGAACCUUAUUCUCAAUAUCCUCCUCCCCCUCAAUUUCCUUCUCCAAACAACAAUUCAUAUAGUCCACCGGCUGAGCCGCCUUACGAUAAUAACUUGUAUAAUCCACCUGCUGAGCCGUCUUACAAUAAUAACUUGUAUAAUCCACCUGCUGAGCCGUCUUACGAUAAUAACUUUUAUAAUCCACCUGCCGAGCCGUCUUACAAUAAUAACUUGUAUAAUCCACCCGUUGAGCCGACUUAUAAUUAUAAUUCACCUGCUGAGCCGACUUACAAUAAUAACCUGUAUAAUCCACAGGGUGAGCCUUCUUAUAAUAAUAACAACAAUACGUAUAACGCACCGUAUGAACAAAAUAAUUCGUAUAAUCCGCCCCCAAAUGUACCAUCAAAAAAUUAUUCUUCACCAUAUUCCGAAGCUCCACCUCCGUCAUCAUAUUCCCCUUCGUCUAUGAUUCCUCCAAAUCAAAGGCCGGAACCACCUAAUAAUCAUAGAGAAAAAGAAAAACGUAAGCGUCCACGUAGCGGUGGAUGUGAUUGUGCGGAUUGUUUCUCAAUAUGUGGUUGUAUAAGUUAUUCAAGAAUUUUACCGGGAAAAUGUCAAGGACUCUGUGAUCCUACGAAUGGUGGUGGUAUACCAAAUCCUGGUGGUAAUUUACCAAAUAAUAACAAUCCAAUUGAUCAGGCUAAUAAUGAGUUUAAGAAUGGCACUCAAUCUUGUUCUAAUUUGUGCAGUGAAAGUGUUUUUAAUAGUCUAUUUUAUGGUGGAAUAGGGUUGGCUGGUUUUGGUGCUGUAAUGGUCAUAACUCAACUAUUAUUAUCAAGAUAUCAUGAAGAUGAUACGCCCUUUCCCAAAGUUAUGGCUAACGAAACAUUUUAG